AUGGGAUUCUCCGACUCUCUCAUCAGUCUUAUUAGAGACAUUUAUACUGAUUCCACAACGGUUGUUCGUACGAGGAAAGACGAGGAAACCGAUGCCAUUCCAGUACAUGCAGGUGUCAAGCAAGGAUGCCCAGUCAGCCCAAUUUUAUUCAACCUCACCACAGAGUUAUUAAUCCGAAAGGCUAAGUCAAGAUGCGCUGAAAACUCGGACAUUCCUUACCAACUUCACGGUCAACCGGUAGCCGUCUUGGCUUACGCAGAUGAUCUUGUUCUCAUGAGUAGAACUCGCGAUGGUCUUCAAACACUGUUAAAUGACGUUUCCUCGGCAGCUGACAUCUUAAACCUGAACUUUCGACCUGACAAAUGUGCCUCGCUAUCCCUAACUUGUAACAAGAGAGAGCCAUCUCGUGUAGGUGAUACCGUUUUUACCGUACAACGUGGCGAGGUUCCCGUUCUUUCAAAGGAAGAAUCGUAUAGAUAUCUUGGAGUACCCAUUGGUCUGCUAUAUGACGCAAAUGAUAUGAAUAACAUUACAUCCAAACUGAUUUCAGAUCUGGAAAAAAUUCGAGACUCCUUGCUAACUCCCCGGCAAAAGCUAGAUGCAAUUAGAACAUUUGUCCAACCGUGCCUAACGUAUGCCCUUAGAACAAGUCCAGUAACACAUUUAUCCCUUAGUAACUAUCAGAAAAAAACUGAUUGAAGUCCUCCGCUCAAUUUGCAAUCUCCCAAAACGUGCUACGCAAUAUUAUUUCUUUGCUGAUAGAGCCGCUGGCAGCUUGGGAUUACAGGAUCCAUAUGAGGAACGACAUAUUCAAACAGUUGUUCACACGGUUAAAAUUCUGUCGGUAUCAGACCCAUUUGUUAGUAACGUAUCGAAAGGUCAAUUAUCAUCGGUGGUAUCCCGUUAUUUUGGUCGCGAAGCGUCAAACAAGGAAAUUGAUGAUUUUCUCUCGGGCUCGUUAAAUGGGGAUCUUAAGAACCACAGUAAUUGCAAUAAUAGCCAAACGUUAUGGUCCCGAUGCCGUAUUUCAGCCAGGGCCCUAAAGAUUAAAGUGAAAUCCGCAACAGGAAAUAUCACCAUCUCUGUCAAUGACUUUAAUUCCUCUCAGGUCAAAAAGGGGUAGUAUCGUACCUUCACCGUUUUGCGUUGCAAAAUAAUGCUAUGAAACUGAAGAGUCUACCCGAUCAAGGCAAGGUUGCCAGAUGUCUUCAAACGUCAUCUUUUCCAUCAACGAACAGCUGGUGCUUUGAUGGUACGGGUUUGCGCUUCUGUGACUGGCGCUUUAUUCAUAGAGCUAGAACAAACACCCUCCCCACCAAUGACGUAAAGAGUAGUUUCUCUAGUAAUAAUUCUCCCUCCUGUCGUAACUGCCAUAGUGCUGUUAAUACGGAAACCUUGGCACACAUCAUCUGUCAUUGUCAACCAAAUAUGCCCUCCAUUACUAAAAGACACGACAGCGUGCUGCAAAGACUCUCAAACGCGAUUAAACGUGGUUCGUACACAGUAGACAAAGUCGUUCCAGGAGCCCCCGGUAAUAAUCGCCCAGAAUUAGUUAUAACGGACAACAAGAAAGUAACGAUCAUUGACGUAACGUGUCCAUUUGAGAACGACGACAGUGCCCUAUCAUUGGCUGCUGCGAGAAAGGAAGAAAAAUACAAAUUACCUGGCCGAAACCUUUUCGGUCAUUAA